AUGCCAUCCAUCCAGCUGCCACUGCUACUCCUCUGCUUGACCUCGUGUGGUGUUUGCUUCAAUGGGGGACAUCUCCUUCCAGAGGAGAGUGAGAACAUGGGAAAAAGUCCCCUGGAUGACAUCCUUCAGAGAUCUGAAAGCCUCAUUCUUCAGUCUGUCCUCAAGAACACUGAAAAGGAAGAUAUUAAUAAAGAAUCAAAUGCCCCUCUGCUACAACAGCUUUCCAAAAGACAACACCCUGGGAAAAAGUACCUAAGUAACCUGGAGAAGAGACAGCAUCCUGGAAAAAGAGAUGUUGAGGAAGAGACAUCUUAUGGAGACAUUCAGAAGAGGCAGCAUCCAGGAAAAAGGGAGAUGGAAGAUGACCUUCAUGUCUAUCUGGAGCUGAAAAGGCAACAGCCCCCUGGCAGAAAGUCACUGUUGGAUCAGUUUGCUUACAGCCCUAGGGCACAGCUAACCGACAUGAAUGAGCUAUCCAAAAGAGAACAUCCCCGCAGAAGAUAUCUGAUGUACAAGCACCAGCGUCCUAGCAAAAGAGGCUGGAAUUAUGAGGUAGACGUAUACGGUGAGAAACGCCAGCAUCCUGGAAAAAGGUACUGGAAUGCUGACAGCUCAGAUGACACAGGUCCCUGCAACUUUCAGGAGUCAUUCACUUGUCACAAAGGCAACUUGUUGCUUGAUUUAGUAGAAGAUGUUAGCAGAGACAGGGUAGAAGAAAAGCGUCAGCACCCAGGAAAGAGAUCAGCAUGGGAAAGUGAAACAGAGGAAUGA